AUGCAGAGUGAUAGCACCUCAAAUAGGCUACCUCCAUCACGCUCACCAAGCAGUAAACGACGAAAAUGCACUCUUUCGAUAUCUGCGGACGGUUUCGUGACGGCUACGGAGCGGACGCGUUAUCGAAAUGAAAUUACGCGAAAACUGAUGGACAUGUACGAUGAAGUAUUAGAGUUAAACGAAUGCUCUGAUCGUAUGCGUCAACAAUUAACAUGUGCGAUGCGCACCGACCCACGUCACGCAAAGGAAAAAAGUGGGAUGGUGCGUCUAGCGAGCAAGCCGGUAGAUCAGCAGGAGAAGGCGCUCAAUGAUGUGGUGUGUGCCUUAGCGACUUUGCACGAUGCUUGCGUAGAGCUCGUCUCAGCCUACCUGACACCGGAGGAGAAACGUUUUCUAGGCGUGAACUCGCACGUAUUCCAGACACGUGAAGCAAAGGCCUCCACGUACCAGUAUAUGAGCCCAUCUACAACUGCCAAACACAUCUCUAAAAAGCAACCCAAACAGUAUCCCACGGUAGCGGGAACGAGUGACCGGCCAGAUGAACCGCAGCCUCCAAAGGCAAAGACCCAUGAGGAGGUUUCCCGACCACUAGGGGCUUCAGUUCCUCCGGUGCGGGGGGCCCGAAAGUUGAAUAGCAUCUCGUCCCAUUUACCUGUGGCCCCCUAUUCCAUGCAGCGGAACGACCACAGAGACGCGCGGUCGGCGGAUUCACCGACGGAGGAGGGGCCCCCGCAGCCCUGUGCAUCCUCCUUGGGAGCUGCGGACGAACUUCCCUCCUUGCCCGCCGCCAGCACCUUCACCACGUCUCCGCUACCCCAGGCUUCCACGCCAGAGCCGGUGACGACGGGGGCCGACGCCGCGAUGCCUCACGAGUCGACGCCAGAGUGCGGCCAAGGGGACUCGCAUGCGGAGAGGGCACCGACCCCGGAGCGGUGUGCUGCGCCAGAAACUUCUCUGGCUCCCUUAAACAAGGUGCCAUCGAAGGGCGUCUCGGCACCGAUACCAUCGACACAGAUGCCACCCGAUAGAAACGAUCCGCCGCCCUUCACGGUCAUCAAUGGGAAGCGUCUAGUGCUCGCGGGAAGGGUAGUCCCUCCGCCCUCUAAUAAUGUUAUCACACAUAAUGUUGUCGAACCAUCUAAGACGGUAGAGAAAAAGGACACCCAUCCAUCGACUUCACGAAGUAUCCGACCUGAAUUUCGGCACCUGUUAAUCGACUCGGACAGUGAUAGCAGUGCACCCGGUUCUCAUUAA